AUGGUAGUAUUCGGCGAUGAUGUGAAAAGAAAGGACCGCGUUAAAAGUGAUGAGGUGGAAAUGUUUGACAUACGUGAAGAUGAAGAACAACUGUUAAAGUUGCAAGAUAUCAUCGACUUACUCGUUGCUGCAGGAUAUUUUCGAGCCCGUAUCAAAUCAAUUCCUUAUUUCGAUAGGAUGGUCGGUGGAAUAGUGUGGUGUAUAACGUCAUGCAACUAUGCAGUUGAUGUCGAUCUGUUUUACUCUGAAAAUGCUACCAUUGGUCAAAAGAUAGCAUUAACUGAAAAAGUAGUGGAAGUGUUAGCUCAAUUGAAAUGUCCCUAUACUAUUGAACCAUAUCAAAUCCAAGGCCUUGACUGUAUCCACAUCUUUCCUGUUGUUCAGUGGCUUGUUAGAGAAGCUGUUCGUGCAAAAGAGCAGUAUGGUGAUAGUGUGCGCAAUCAUGCUGUAUAUCAAUUCAAUCAGCGAUUUUGUUUUUCAAAGGAUAAGUGCACGGAUAAACAAAAAAGUAUUUUUUUAAACAAUUUCCUCAGUGUGAAAGCGAAAUGUCCGCCCCAACGCAUUUACAAACAGAAGGGCGAUGUCAAACCAUCAGAUUUGCCAACCAGUAUUCGUUGUACUUUACUGGAAUACGGAUGGGGAGAUGUUUGUGAUGGAGCAGUUCAGGAAAGCGCUAAAUGGUUUGGAAACGAUAAAGAAGAUAAAAAUGUGAAGGUCAAUCAACUUUUGAUGCAGUUGUCAGAGACGGAAAUUCAGCCAACAAAGCAACGUCUCUCGUCGAAAACACUUGCAAAAAUCAUUGAUGUAUCGGAUUUUGAUGCCGAUCGGCUAAAGGAGGAGGCAUGUUUUGUCCAGCGAUAUCAGCGAAGCACGUUGGCAGCAGAAAAAGAAUUAAUGAGACUCAAAGAAGAAGAAAAGCUUUUGGACGAUUCUUUAGCAAAUCUCCAACAGAGAAAAAAGGUCCAAUUACAAGAAAUGGAUGAAAUCGACGAAAGAAUUGCGAAAUUUGAACAACUGGUUAAUAACAGUGAUGCAGAAACCGUUGAAAGGUUGAAACAUCUAAUAAUUGAACAUGACGAGAUUUAUAAGCGAGAAGCGGAUUUCAAAGCGAACUGUCGAAAUGAACUACGGGAAUUGGACGAAGUCCUUGAACAAUUGAAAACAGUAGGAUCUCUGGCGGAAGAAGAUACUGGGGAUUCAGUAAGAAAUGUAAGCUUGGAAACGGAGCAGCAUCUGACAAAUAUUCGGUUGGAGUUAGCAGAUUUAAAUCGGCAGAUUGCGGCACAGCAACGCAUACUCGAUAAUGUUCCUGCACAAAUUGAAAUCAGUCAAUAUCAGCGAAGAAUUAUUGAGCUUUAUAAUCAAAUGGCAAGUAAACAUCGAGAAACGAAGCAAUUUUACAUUUUACAUAAUACUUUGGUUGAUAUCAAAACAUUCCUGAAAAAAGAAGUUGACAUGUUGAACAAUAUCGAUGACGUCCAAGACUUGACUUCGAAACAAAGUUACAAAGACUCAUUUAUUGAAAAUCUGCAGAAAAUAUUGAAAGGUGUUGAUGUUUCUCUUGAUAAGGUAUCAACGAAGCAAAAAGAACUUCAAUCAAGAAGGGAUAAGUUAUAUGGCGAAUAUCAGUAUUUGUUGGAAAAAGAACGUUUAUAUUACAAAACAGUUGAUGAUUUCAAAAAUGCUUGCCAUGAAAAUGAGGAGCUAAGGUGCAAAGUCGGGGAUUUUACCGCUAUCAAGGAUAUUUUUGGAAAGAUGUCCACCACGCAGAUUAAAUCGACAGCUGUCGAGGCAGUUGUGGAAUUCAGUGAUAACUUCAAAGAUUUCGGUUCAAGUUUGCCCUGUGUAAUGGGCAUUGAUGAAGCUGGACGUGGACCAGUUCUAGGGCCGAUGGUCUAUGCAUGCGCUAUUGCAUUGCUAAAUAAUAAAAAUGUGCUGGUCGAGAUGGGGGUUAACGAUUCAAAGGUUCUCACUGAAACAAAGCGUGAGGAGAUUUUCGAGAGGUUGAAAGGAGACAAUAUGUCAGAGGCGUUUGCAUAUGCAUGUCGGUCAUUAUCGGCGCAGAUGAUUAGUGCUGCCAUGUUAAGUCGGAAGAAAUGUUCAUUGAAUAAAUUGUCACACGAUUGUGCAACAGAAUUGUUAAAACUAGCAGUCGACAGUAAUAUAAAUAUUGUAGAAGUUUACGUCGAUACAGUGGGACCGAAGGAUCCGUAUCAGGCCAUGUUGCAGAAAAAAUUUCCAGACAUGCGAAUUAUUGUAUCGGAGAAAGCAGAUGCGAAAUUUCCAAUUGUUGGUGCCGCUUCAAUCAUUGCAAAAGUCAAACGUGACAGAGCUUUAAAAAAUUGGACGUUUCCAGAGGGCGUUGUCAAUAUACCGCCGAAUGGAUAUGGAAGUGGUUAUCCUGGAGAUCCGAACACGAAGAAUUUUUUACUGGAAGCAAUUGAUCAAGUGUUCGGAUAUCCCAAUUUAGUACGAUUCAGCUGGAAGACAGCCGAAGUUCUGUUGCAUGAGAAAGCAGUGAAAUGUAUAUGGUAA